AUGCUGCAUCAGCUGUUGCCGUCGCUGCUGCCCUCCGCCCCUCCUCCCCUUCACACCGGAGCUUGCACCCACUCACAUGCCGCUGCCGCCCAUGCUGCCACCCAUGCUGCUGCCACCCAUGCGCCAUGGAAGGGCAUGGGCCCCCACCAUCACGCCCAUGCUGCCUGCUGCACGGGCUCAGGGCAUGGGAUACAGGGCCAUGUGCCGGCCCUCUCGGGGCUGGUUCUGGGAAGCUUCUCCAACUUCCAGGGCAUGAGUGAAGAGGCCCGAGGGUGGUACGGGGCGCACAGGGGGCAUGUGGUGCAUGGGGUGCUGUCUGUCACCUCAAGGGACUGCAUGGCUGGUGUGGGAGCUGCUUUGAUGUGCCUCACACUGCUGCCUGCACUCGUCCCCUCACACUGCUGCCUGCACUCGUCCCCUCACACUGCUACCUGCACUCGUGCCCUCACACUGCUGCCUGCACUCGUCCCCUCACACUGCUGCCUGCACUCGUCCCCUCACACUGCUGCCUGCACUCGUCCCCUCACACUGCUGCCUGCACUCGUCCCCUCACACUGCUGCCUGCACUCGUCCCCUCACACUGCUACCUGCACUCGUGCCCUCACACUGCUGCCUGCACUCGUCCCCUCACACUGCUGCCUGCACUCGUCCCCUCACACUGCUGCCUGCACUCGUCCCCUCACACUGCUACCUGCACUCGUCCCCUCACACUGCUGCCUGCACUCGUCCCCUCACACUGCUGCCUGCACUCGUCCCCUCACACUGCUGCCUGCACUCGUACCCUCACACUGCUGCCUGCACUCGUCCCCUCACACUGCUGCCUGCACUCGUCCCCUCACACUGCUGCCUGCACUCGUCCCCUCACACUGCUGCCUGCACUCGUCCCCUCACACUGCUGCCUGCACUCGUCCCCUCACACUGCUGCCUGCACUCGUCCCCUCACACUGCUGCCUGCACUCGUCCCCUCACACUGCUGCCUGCACUCGUCCCCUCACACUGCUACCUGCACUCGUCCCCUCACACUGCUGCCCUGCCUGGACCGUCAUUCUCCAUGCCCUUCGACACUCCACAGCCUCACAUUCCCUCCCGCUCCCAUCCCGUUCCCCACUCGCAGACAGUGUUCGACCAAUUGUGACAAAGCAAUAUGGAGGUGACUGGGACAAGUGGUUCUGGCUGGGACAGGUGGAGCUCCCUCAUUGGCUGCCAGUGCUGGCGGGGCUGCCCAUUGGCCACACAAACGAGAACAGGGUGGCGCCCAUUGGUGCUCUCGUGGAGCUGGACGUUGAAGCCGCAACAGUCACCACU